UGUGUGUGUGUGUGUGUGUGGUAGAAUUAAUCCAUCAUGGAAACAAAAGUAGCCAGCUUUUGGGUGGAGAUAAUGUUAGUAAUAUAUUGGUAACGAGAGACGACAGAGCCACCUAAGCCAACCCCACUUUGACUUCUUCCUGUAUUCUAUGAUCUUCCUUCUUCAGUUCCUUGUAAGAAUAGACGAAGAACAAGGCCAUCCAACAAAAGGAGAGAGAAACACAAGAGAUGGUGGCGGUUGCUGGUGCUGCGGCCGCCACAAUUUCUAGCACGACUAGCAUACAGAUAAUGAUGAUACAGGGUGGUGGUAGUUGUAUUGCUGGUGGUUAUCCAUCCGUAUCCAUGGAAUUGCGAUGGAUAAGCAGCACAAAUAGGAGAAAGAACCUAAACCCAAACCCAAAUUCAAGGGAGUUUGGCAGUUUAAAAUCAAAAUCACCGCCAUUAGUGAUGCCAAUUUACAUAUCAACAGACCCAUCCCACGUUAAUCUUCAACAGCUCAGUGAACUGUACAGUAGUUGUAAUCACUCCUGCCACCGAUUCCCUGAGGUGAACCCCAACACCGGCAUAAUUGAAGAAGCCAUGGACUUGAACAAGCUCCGGAUUGCUCUCUCCCACAGUUGUAUGAUUGUCUCCGUUUUCUGCAAACCUCAGCAUGUCAAUGCCAGUAACAUUGCCAAGCAAAUCCAAAGCCAAGAACAGCAGAAGCAAGUGAACAAGGGUUUUAUUGGAGAUUUGAUGGAGAGUGUAAUGCCAGUCACCCCUUCCAACGGCCAGCUUGUGGGCUUUGGCCGUGCUGUUUCUGAUUUGGGAUUUACUGCAUCCAUUUACGAUGUCAUGGUUAUUCCUUCUUUACAGGGAAUGGGAAUUGGCACGAUAAUAGUUACAAGGAUUGUAAGAAUGCUCACAGGUAGAGACAUUUAUGACAUAGCUGCACUUUGUUCCAGGAAGGAGAGGUUCUUCUUCAAAGCGUGUGGAUUCAGAGAUGACAUCUUGGGCUCUACUACGAUGAUGUAUUCUAGGACAGUUUCCACUUGUUUUGAAGGUGACCAGAUGGUUAAGCGAGCUGGUAAAAAACUCUUGUUAGCUCCACCACUCAGAGAACCAUUUGCAUCUUCCAAGACAACUAAACCACAAAGUUGAACAACAUGGUGCCUUCGCCUUCCGUGGCUGAAAUAUUGAGAAGACAGAAGUAUUUAUUUGAUUGAGUGACUAUUUAUGCUCUUUUAACAGCAUGUGCAUGUCUCUAAUUCUCAUCCUCUUUUUACAGCAUGAACUCAGAAACUCUCUAUUGUACAGAAGAAGUCGAAAUUAUUGACUUCCCUGUUCUUUUUUUUGGCCUUAUAGUUUGCUGGGGUAUCAUUGACUUUGUGGCUAACUGGCUAUGAACAUUUGCCAUGUUAAGUUUUGUUAACUUUUUUCUUUCACGUAAUUAUCUCAACCUUUAGCCAAUCUGACCGUAAGCCAAAAAAGUUGCCGUCUUAUCUAGAUUCCUGUUCAUGGGCCAUCUGUAGUGCACUCCCUCGGAAAAGGUUGACAAAAAAUUACCCUCUAAAUGGUGUGCUUAGGCAUAACAAUGUUCUUCUCAUAAAAGUAAAGUAGCCUUCUAAACAAUGCAAUACAGCUUGGCCUUUUUU